CCUGUACUGUGGAAACUGCUUGCAGGCUAAUGAGCGCAACAGAUCCACAGCCUUCAAAAUUAGGCACCAAAGAACAUUGGGACAACGUCUACGACGAAGAGCUGCAGAACUUCGGGGAAUUUGGUGAUGAGGGUGAGAUAUGGUUUGGAGAAGAUUCAGUGGAUAAAAUGGUCAAUUGGGCUGUUCAGAAUGUCCCUCCAGAGAACGACCCGUCCAUUCUCGAAGUAGGCAGUGGAAACGGUACUCUCCUCUUCGCUCUCGCGGAAGCCGGAUACACCGCCGAUACGCUACUAGGAAUCGAUUACUCUGAAGGAGCCAUCACCCUCGCAUCUUCCAUUGCAAAAUCACGCAACCGUGAAGGGAUACAAUUUCACUGCUGUGACUUCCUUAAUGAAGAACCUCCGCUACUUACUAACAUACGUACGGUGGAUGGGGCGGCCUGGGAUCUCAUACUGGACAAGGGAACGUUCGAUGCGAUUGCUUUGAUGCAGAAGGACAACCAUGGCAAGGCACCCGUUGACGGUUAUCCUUUACGGGUAGCUAGGUUGCUAAAGCCCGGUGCACACUUCCUCAUUACAUCUUGCAACUUUACAGAAGCCGAGCUCCAAGACAAAUUCAUGACGCCUGCCACAGGCUUGCGUUAUCACUCCCGCAUACAAUAUCAGACAUAUACAUUUGGCGGCAGAAGCGGAAGUAUAUGCUCUAGUGUUGCGUUCGUCAAGCCAGCGGCGACUUGA